AUGCCUAUAGACGUGAAGGUCACUAAAACAGUCACUAUAAUAGCUAAGGAAUCAGAUAGUAUCGGACACGUGAAAUCUUUAUUACAUGAUAAAGAGGGCAUAUCAGAAUGUCUCCAACAACUAUUUUCAAAAGGUGUUCGCCUAACAAAUGAUGGACAUAAGCUAAUGGAUUGUGGCAUUAGUGAAAACUCCACCCUUAAUGCUUAUAUCGACAAUUCAGUCCCUAAGAUAUUUUUGGUGAAGAGACCCUAUGCUAAUGUUGCAAUUACGAUUUAUUCAAGGACUUUCGAUACUAUCCAGGAUGUCAAAUGUAGGGUUGGGGUCAAAUACAGAGUAAACCCAAAGAAAUUUUCUCUUAUUCAUGAUGGAAAGUUUCUUGAAGAUGACAGAACCUUAGCUUUUUACAAAAUCGAUGCUGGAUCAACACUUCAUAUGGUUUCCAAUUCGGAAGACACGUUUCUUAUUUCUGUGCUAAUGCCAAUAGAGGAAAUGGUUAAAAUAGAAGUCAUGGCUUCCUUAACUUUUCGCGACAUUAAAACAAUUAUAGAAAGCAGAGUUGGCUUGCUCGAUAAAUUUUAUGGAUUUGUUUCUUGA